AUGCCGCUGCAGGACGAUGUCCUCCGGGAAGUGUGGGCCUCGGACAGCGGGCAUGAGGAGGAAGGCAGGAGCCCAGAGGUCCAGCGGCGCCCAAAGCAGCAAUCCUCCAGGGGACAGAAGUUGAAGAAGAAAAGGACGGAAGCCCCUGAGUCCCCCUGCCCUGCGGGAUCCAAACCCCGGAGACCUGGAGUCCGGCGGAGGGGGAGGCCGCGGGAGGACCCCGCCCCGGAGCCGGCCCAAGCCGGGGCGCCGCGGACCGUCUACACCAAGUUCCUCAGGGAUCCGGAAGCCAAGAAGCGCUACCCUCGGGAAACUUUUCUGGUAGCCAGGGCCCCAGGAGAGGAGGACGAAACAGAACAGGAGGAGGAUGAAGAAGAGGAAGAGGAAGAGGAGGUGGAGGAAAAGGAAGAGAAAAUCCCUUUGCCUCCCCAAAAGCCCCCUAACCUGAAGGCCUCUGCAGACAUCAAGGAGAGGAGAGCCACGGCCCAGGGUCCGAAGGGGAACCUGGGAAGCCCUGUUCCCCCACUGAAACCUCUGCUCGUUAAGAAGAAGGAAGUGCCAGCUGGGGAAGGGACGAAAAUGAGAAAGACAAAGAAGAAAGGGCCUGGAGAGGCUGACGAGGACCCCUCAGUGAGCCCGGCCAGAGGGCAGAAGAAGAUCCCAGCAGCCAUGUUUCUGGUUAGGAAAGAUGGCCCAGCUGAUAAAGCUCCAAAGAAGAAAGGCACUCCCAAAGGCUCAGAAGAGGAGAGGAAGGAGGAAGAAGAGGAGGAGGAAGAAGUGGCUGCUAUGGUGACCAAGAACAGCAAUCAGAAGGGCAAAGCAAAAGGAAAAGGCAAAAAGAAAGCGAAGGAGGAACGGGCCCUGUCCCCACCCGUGGAAGUGGACGAACCUCGGGAGUUCGUGCUUCGGCCUGCCCCCCAGGGCCGGACAGUGCGCUGCCGGUUAACCCGGGACAAGAAGGGUAUGGAUCGGGGCCUGUAUCCCUCCUACUUCCUGCACUUGGACACGGAGAAAAAGGUGUUCCUCUUGGCUGGCAGGAAAAGGAAACGGAGCAAGACAGCCAAUUACCUCAUCUCCAGUGACCCUACCAAUCUGUCCCGAGGAGGGGAGAAUUUCAUUGGGAAGUUGAGGUCCAACCUCCUAGGAAACCGCUUUACCGUCUUUGACAAUGGGCAGAACCCGCACCGUGGAGGAGGCAGCGCUGAUGUGGGGAGCCUCCGGCAGGAGCUGGCAGCUGUGAUCUAUGAAACCAACGUGCUGGGCUUCCGAGGUCCCCGGCGCUUGACAGUCAUCAUUCCAGGCAUGAAUGCGGACAACGACAGGGUCCCCAUCCGGCCCCGAAAUGCCAGCGAUGGGCUGCUGGUGCGCUGGCAGAACAAGACACUGGAGAGCCUCAUUGAGCUGCACAACAAGCCCCCUGUGUGGAACGAAGACAGUGGCUCCUAUACCCUCAACUUCCAAGGCCGAGUCACCCAGGCCUCGGUCAAGAACUUCCAGAUAGUCCACGCCGAUGACCCCGACUAUAUCGUGCUGCAGUUCGGCCGCGUGGCCGAGGACGCCUUCACUCUAGACUAUCGGUACCCGCUGUGUGCCCUGCAGGCCUUUGCCAUCGCCCUCUCCAGUUUCGAUGGGAAGCUGGCCUGCGAGUGA